CAAAUCACAUAAUCAGAAAUUGGGCUGAUCGCGCCAUUUUUCAGAGGAUCGGAAUCGGGUGAAAAGGAUUGGGAUUUUAAUUAAAAAAAAAAAACACUGUAUAUUUAUGAUUUCUGCUUAAUGCUUGUACAGCCUCUCAUGCUCCCUCCUGCUGCUAAGAUUGAAAGGUUUGUAGCUUUGAUCUGGCGAGUGAAGGCUCUGUAGCUCUACGAUCAAAGGCACAAAUGUUUUAAUCAUCGUUUAGUCAAUCUUCGUUGUCUAGAGGCUGUUCUCGACAGCGCAAGUAUCAAAGCGUGAGUGAAUUUGUGUGGACUCCUCAUAUGAAUUAUUUGAACGUCAUGGAGAGUGAUUAAAAGUAUGGCGUUAAAGGUGCUGCAAUGAUAAAUGUGGGUGCCCAUACAUUUCGUUCUGGUGCACUUUAAAGGGAUCCAUGGAUAAAAAGACUUGUAGUUCUUAAAAGACGUUAUUAUGAGUUAAAAUAAUUUGAUAUUGAAACCCCUCUUGAUGUUUUCGUUUUUCCACAAUUUGUCAAAUUUGUUUAAAUAGUAGAUCGCCAUUGUUGCUGACGUCGCAGGGCGGUGACGUCACUUGGGAUGAGACGUGACAAGAGUAGCAAAAAAAACAUGCUCUGCUAAAAUGUGCUACACCGACGAAACGUCUACAAGAGGUGAAUUUGACACCCAAAGUACUACCGUGUGCUUUCAGCUUUUUUUGUUUAGAUGCAUACAGACAGAACAUACUAAAGAUGCCUUAAGAAAAUACUUAAACGUAGUAAUAUCAAAUAAGGGUGGUUUAAAUAUGCUACGUGACUAAUGUGGUCAACAGAUCAACUAUCUGCUUUUUAAAGCUACCACAAGAAAACACUAUGUUUAAAAGUUGAGAGGAAAACAUGCAAAAAGUAUUUUGAGGCAAUGAAAAAGUAAUAAAAGACUCAAUAAAAACACAAAUAGAAAGUACUCGCCGCUUUUAACCGAUAAGCGCAUGUGUUGGACGUCUCGCCGCGUAAAAGGAAUUGCCGUAACCCGAUAGUAUUCAUCGAGUGACAGUGACAAUUUACGUCAUCAAAGCGGUCAUAACAUUAAUAUUAAUUCAUUAGUUAAUUAUAACAUAUUAAUAAAGAGGAUCCCACUGGAUUGAUUUAAUUUUCAAAACCUAAUGAAGCAAAAUGGCAUAUGUACUUUUCGUAAAUAAAAACACUUUUUUGUUACUUUAUUUGGCUUUUAUUAAACCUACAAAUGUGUCAGAUCAUUUUGCCUGACCCUGUAUAUCGCAAUGUUAAUUUUUUCCCAAUAUCAUUCAGGCCUAAUUUAUAUAUAUAUAUAUAUAUAUUUACCUUUUUAAGGGCUAAAAAGUAACAAAAUAAUCCAGAAAUACAAUGGCAAUGACAAAUAUAUAAAAAUAUGUACGUUUUAUACUCUGCGACACUCCUGGAAAAAGCAGAAGAUGUAGUACUGUAAAAAGCGCAGUACUUUAAGAUGUUUGGGGUUGAACUUUUGUUCAACGAAAAAAAAAAUUCUGGUUUCGGAUCGGGACUAUAUAUAGGCAGAUUCGCAAAAUCAGGUCACUCAGACUCCGGUGCAAAAAUAUGCAAUCGGGACAUCCCUAUUCUAAAUGUAUUAAAUGGGGUGUCAAACUUAUUUUUGUUAGGGCUGCAUUAGGAUUUUCUUUAGAGGGACAUCGUGACCGUGAACCAGUGUGAUCGCCUAUUAUUUGUCACAUGUCAUAGUCAUAAAAAAUGGAAAUUGAAAUCAGUAGCGCUGUAAGACUGUUGGAAAAAAAAGUAAAAACUUUUUUUUUUUAAACAUGAAGUCGACGUACUGUAUUUUUUGGAAUAUAUGGCGCACCGUCAAAGAACGAGUACAUUUUCCUACAUAAGGCGUGUAACAAUGUAUUGAAUUUGUUAUUUGGUCUUUAGCUUUUAACAUUGUAAAUAUUGUUUUUACUUUUUUUGUUUUUUUUGUUUCAUUUAUGUCUCCCUUAGGGCUUUUUGGCUCAAAAAGAAAUUAAACACGGGCACUUUUGGGAGACAAUACAAUAAGAGUCCAGGAAAUACAACAAGCAGAAAAAAGGAUUUUAACAUUAAAAUAUAGUGGUAUGAAAAAGUAUCUGAACCUUUUGGAAUUUCUCACAUUUCUGCAUAAAAUCACCAUCAAACGUGAUCUGAUCUUUUUCAAAAUCACACAGAUGUAAGAACAAUGUUUGCUUUAACUAAAAGCACCCAAACAUUUAUAGGUUUUCAUAUUUAUUUAGGAUAGCAUGCAAAUAUAUGGAUAUGUAAGUGAACCCUUUGCCGAAGGAGACUUAUAGAGCAAUUAAAACCAAUUUUUACCAAACAGUUUAAGUCAGGUGUGUGCCCAAUCACUGAUGAGUGGUUUAGAGCUGCCCUGCCCACUAUAAAACGCAUACGUGGUAAGAAUUGUCUUGAUGAGAAGCAUUGUCUGGUGUGCAUCAUUGGUCAAAACAGUUGUCUGAAGACCUGCGAUCAAGGAUUGUUGAUUUGUAUAAAGCUCUGAAAGGAUACAAAACCAUCUCUAAAAGUCUGGAUGUUCAUCACUCGACAGUCGUUGUCUACAAAUGGAGAGAGUUUGGCACGGUUGCUUCUCUCCCAAGGAGUAGCUAUCCACCAAAGAUGACGCCAAGAGUUUAGCGCAGAAUACUCAGAGAGGUAAAAAAAAGAACCCUAGAGUGUCUGCUAAGACUGACAAAAAUCACUGGUGCAGUCCAUUAUCUUCGUGAACACAUUAACUAUAUGUAAAAGCCAAGAAUAAUAUUCAUGGGAGGAUUCCACAGAGGAAGCCACUGUUGUCUAAUGAAAACAUUGUUGCUCAUUUAACGUUCGAAAAAGGCACUAGGACACUCCACAGAAGUUUAGGCAAAAAUUUUUUGUGGACUGAUAAAACACGAGUUGAAUUGUUUGGGAGUAACACACAACGUCAUGUGUGGAGGAAAAAUGGAACAGCUCACAAACAUUAACACCCCAUUCCCACCGUGAAGCAUGGUGGAGGGAACAUGAUGAUUUGGGGCUGUUUUGCUACCUCAGGGCCUGGAUAACUUGCAAUCAUUAAUGGAAGAAAGAUUUCAAAAGUUUAUCAGGAUGUUUUGCAGGAAAACCCGAGGCUGUCUGUCAGAUAGCUGAAGCCAAAAAGAGGAUGGAUGCUGCAACAAGACAAUGAUCCAAAACACAGAAGUAAAUCAACUUCAGACUGGUUUCAGUAGAACAAAAUACACGUUCUUGAGUGGCCAAGUCAAAGUCCAGACUUGAACCCCAUUGAUAUGCUGUGGCAUGACCUAAAGGCAGCGAUUCAUGCCAGACAUCCCAGGAAUCUGACUGAACUACAGCAAUUUUGUAGAGAAGAAUGGGCCAAGAUUAGUCCUGAUGUGCCAGACUGAUCUGCAGCUAUGGGAAGCGUUUGGAUUGAAGUUAUUGCUGCCAAAGGGGCGGGGGGGGGCACAAAAUAUUAAAUGUGAGAGGGUUGACUUACUUAUUUUUCCCCCUUCUGUCAUUGUUUGCAUACUCUCCUCACUAAAAUAAAAAAACCUAUAAAUGUUUGGGUGGCUUCAGUAAAAGAAAAAACUUUUUUCAUCUGUGUGAUUUUGACAAAAAUCAGAUCACAUUUGAUGGUGUUUUUAUGUGGAAAUGUGAGAAAUUCCAAAAGGUUCAGAUAUUUUUUCAUAACCCUGUACCCACUCUUAAGAAGUCGACUACAGGGUUGUGCCGCAGCAUCAAUAGGGAUUGCGUGGAAACAAAAAAUAUAUCGUCUCUUCUUAAUGCGUAAGACUAGUUCUCGUUGUCAAAUUAUUGACGUUUUAGACCAGAAUGAGGUACUCCCGCACUAGCCAGCGGCCUCCAUAUUUGUGCACAUAGUCAAUUGGCUAUAUCAAACUAACCUCCAACCCUCACUGGAGCGGUUUACAGUGUGUCCAAAUCAAAGACAAUGGGCCCCAGUUGCAAAUGGAUGGUGGAGUUGAAGAAUCUUGCAGAUCGAUUCAGCGUCUACAGUGACUCUGUAUAGGUCUAUUGUCGUUAAGAAUGAGUUGAGUUGAAAGACAAUUUGCUAGUAUCGUUCGUGACCGAUAGAACAAGCUCCCAAAUGUAAAUGUCAGAAAUGUCGAAUUGGAGUGGAUCCGCUGCUUCUCGACAUUGAGAGGAGCCAUAUGAGGAGGCUCGGGCAUCUGAUUAGAAUGCCUCACCGGUAAGGUGUUCUGAGCAAGUGCCCUGUGGAUGACCCUGGACACGUCGGAGAGACUGUCUCCUAGCUGGCUGGUAACUCCUCGUGAUGUCACCGUAUGAGCUUGACGAAGUGGUUUGGGAAAGGAAAAUCUGGGCGUCCUUGCUUAAGCUGCUACUCCUGUGACCUGAACAGAUAAGCAGAAAAAGAUGAUAUAAAAGAUUGUUACAAAAAUUUAUUGUUAUUAGCAAGGAAUUCCACGUAUUUCGCACUUAAUUCCUGUCAGGGAAGCUCAAGUUUGAACAAGACAAGUGUUACCUUGAUAGCUCGAAAGUGCCUCUCCACAUGUGGACAAAAGAGAAAUGCAGGGCAUGUCUCUAUUUAUGGGUUGACAUCAUAGAAACGCAACUCAUUAUCUCACAAACCUUGGUAUUUUUCCAUACAAAAACAUCUUUGAGCUGAGACCUUGAACACUGGUCCCGGCUAGAACGAAGAUAAGAAAACAGUCCUCCCUUGGAUUCAUUCAGGGCAUGUUGAAAAACAACGGAACAUAACAGUCCAUAUUUGGGCAUAUGGUGAUACAGUCUAUGGGAAGGCACACUCAACAGAUUAAUGCUGCAAUGUUCUCAUGCAAGCAUAACAAAAAGCAUACAAAAUGUAAUGUAUAAUGGUUGUGUUUUAAGCAUGAAUAAAAUUCUCUCACAAUUCCUCUUACACUCUGGAGCCAGUGUGUCUAAUACAAUAUCACAAUGUUUUCCAGUCACAUAUCCAUUACCAGUUACAGGUAAUCCAGUGACAUGAUUUGUCAUGGCCUCUGUUUAAAUGGAUCACUAUGCCCAGUUAUAUUUCCACUGGUUAUAUGCCAGGGGAAAUCUACUAGUGGCUUGGUAAUAGCAGAUGGCAUCGCAGCAAAGAGGUGUGACAUGCACGUGAUGUUCUGGGGUGGAGAGAGGACGUGAUUUGGACAUGUCAACACAGCGUCAUUGUGGUGGGUGGCACACUUCCUCUAUAGACUUACAACAAACAGUUUUCCAAGCUGUGCCACUUUAUGUUCAUGUUAAUUUACAGAGUUGUGUUCUAUUCUACGCAACAGGACAUAAAAAGACACUCAAAGGCAAUGUCCCUAACACAUGAAACUCUUUUUGCUACAACUCAUUCUGCAUUCUGGUUGGUUCUCAGGGGACUGUCGUUUCAGGGCCCACCAUACAGGGUUAUGGAAAUGGUCACGUCAGAAGCUAGCUCUCCCUAUAAGCACCUGUUCCUUCACGUCACGCCGAGGUUCCAGCAUGAAAAGCGUGUGAUCGGUUUCCAACGUGGAGCAUUUGCGUAGAUACUGCAUGUACUAUAUAUCCUCCACCAUGGUUCUUUCUUUUAUUCAAUUCAGUGUGGUGUGUACAGGAAAUCUCAACAUGGAGAAGGUUGUGGGUGGCCAUGCAGCUUUAUUACUUGCAAGUCUGAACCACCAACGAGAACAAGAUCACUUGUGUGACUGUGUGCUCAGACAGAGACAGGAUCCAGCUCACCUAUACCCAGCACACAAGUGCAUUCUGGCAGCUUCCAGUCCAGUUCUGGCCACUAUCAUCUCCUCAACAGGUUCUCUAGUGGAUCUUCAGGCUCCGUGUUUGGCCGACUCAGUCCUUGAGCUCGUAUUGGACUUCAUUUACACGGGAGUUGCGCCUUCCACUCGGAGUUGGCGACAGUACCAAAAUCUACUUGCCGCUGCUUGCCUCUUGGAGAUGGAGCAACUGCGGGAGGUUCUAAUGAAGUCCCCACCAAUGGAAGUUAAUGAUGCAAACAGAGAAAAUGAUUUAGAUUGUGGUGUAACAUUCACUGAUACGUUUUUAAGUAAAAACCCAGCAAAUACGACCCAUGUGGACCAAGGUUUUCCGUUUUCCACCUCUCAGAGCUGUGGGCUGGUACCGGUCAUACGUCACAGCAGCGAAGUUGCAACGUCACGGUGGAGUCUCCGAGAGGCUUCCGUGGCGGAGAGUGACCAAUGUUGGAAAAUGCAUAGUUCUGAUGAGUCAACGCAUCAAGAAAAUUUUGGUUCUGACCUGCAUAAUAGCAGCUGCGAGCCCAAUGAAAUACCUUUUGCGGAGAACUCCUACGCAGGAAAAUACCCAAAGACCAAACUGGAAGACAACUGUGGGCUUGCUGAGAUGAGAAAACAACAUGAGUCUGUUAAAGUCCUUCAUUCACACCUCAGUGAUGAUGACCGCCUUCAUCCUGACUAUCAUCUCCCAUCGAGUUUAUCGGACCAAUUGAGUGAUGAAGAAGAGGCCGGUUUGUCCAGCAGUUUAGAAACCGCAAAGCAAACACCUAAACAUCUGGACACGGCAUUAGAGCAUGAAACGGUGUCAGCGGUUGGCCAUCCUCACCCAAACAUGGAUAAAAUUGAGUCCUCUUCCAGACUGUUCAUGCAUGUGUCUAGUAAAAAAGGCGACACAGCUCCCACCUUGCAUGACGGCGUUCAAGCUUCCAAGUCCACACUCAUCCCGUUCCAGUGCUCCCUGUGCCCACGCUCUUUCAGCCAGCGCGGCACUUUGAACAGACACAUGCGCUCUCAUUUGGGGGUAAGGCCCUUCCCCUGCCCCCGGUGCCCCAUGAGCUUCUCGCGACAGUACCGCGUGACGGAGCACAUGCGUAUUCACCAGCGCUGCCUAAGCGACUGUCAGAAGCUUUCCUCGAUAUGAACGAGGACAAAAAGGAUACUUACACUUGUUUGUUUAGAGUAGGUGUUUCUACUGUAUACAGUGGGGCAAAUAUGUAUUUAGUAAACCACCAAUUGUGCAAGUUCUCCUACUUGAAAAGAUUAGAGAGGCCUGUAAUUGUCAACAUGGGUAACCCUCAACCAUGAGAGACAAUGUGGAAAAAAAACAGAAAACCAAAAUUUUUAAAGAAUUUAUUUCCAAAAUAGAGUGGAAAAUAAGUACUUGGUCACCUACAAACAAGCAAGAUUUCUGGCUGUCAAAGAGGUCUAACUUCUUCUAACGAGGUCUAAUGAGGUCUAACGAGGCUCCACUCGUUACCCGUAUUAAUGGGAUUAUCGGUAUAAAAGUCACACUCCAAACUCCACGAUGGCCAAGACCAAACAGCUGUCGAAGCACACCAGAGACAAAAUUGUAGACCUGCACCAGGCUGUGAAGACUGAAUCUGCAACAGGUAAAACGCUUGGUGUAAAGAAAUCAACUAUGAGAGCAAUUAUUAGAAAAUGGAAGACAUACAAGACCACUGAUAAUCUCCCUCGAUCUGGGCCUCCAUGCAAGAUCUCACCCCGUGGCGUCAAAAUGAUAACAAGAACGGUGAGCAAAAAUCCCAGUACUAAACGGGGGGACCUAGUGAAUGACCUACAGAGAGCUGGGACCACAGUAACAAAGGCUACUAUCAGUAACACAAUGCGCCGCCAGGGACUCAAAUCUUGCACUGCCAGACUUGUCCCCCUGCUGAAGCCAGUACACGUCCAGGCCCGUCUGCGGUUCGCUAGAGAGCAUUUGGAUGAUCCAGAAGAGGACUGGGAGAAUGUUUUAUGGUCAGAUGACACAUAAAUAGAACUUUUUGGUGGAAACACAGGUUCUUGUGUUUGGAGGACAAAAAAUACUGAAUUGCAUCCGAAGAACACCAUACCCACUGUGAAGCAUGGGGUGGAAACAUCAUGUUUUGGGGCUGUUUUUCUGCAAAGGGACCAGGACGACUGAUCUGUGCAAAGGAAAGAAUGAAUGGGGCUCGAGAUAUUUUGAGUGAAAAUCUCCUUCCAUCAGCAAGGGCAUUGAAGAUGAGAUGUGGCUGGGUCUUUCAGCAUGACAAUGAUCCCAAACACACAGCCAAGGCAACAAAGAGGUGCUUCGUGAGAAGCAUUUCAAGGCCCUGGAGUGGCCUAGCCAGUCUCCAGAUCUCAACCCCAUAGAAAAUCUGUGGAGGGAGUUGAAAGUCCGUGUUGCCCAACGACAGCCCCUAAACAUCACUGCUCUAGAGGAGAUCUGCAUGGAGGAAUGGGCCAAAAUACCAUCAACAGUGUGUGAAAAGCUUGUGAAGAGUUACAGAAAACGUUUGGCCUCCGUUAUUGCCAACAAAGGGUACAUAACAAAGCAUUGAGAUGAACUUUUGGUAUUGACCAAAUACUUAUUAUCCACCAUGAUUUGCUAAUAAAUUCUUUUAAAAAAAUCAAACAAUGUGAUUUUCUGUUUUUUUUUUCACAUUCUGUCUCUCACGGUUGAGGUUUACCCAUGUUGACAAUUACAGGCCUCUCCAAUAUUUUCAGGUGGGAGGACUUGCACAAUUAGUGGUUGACUAAAUACUACCACUGCACUACAUACCACUGUAUGUCUUUCUGAAUGGAUCCAGACCUAUUACACUAGGAACAAUUCGAAAAAGACAAUAUGUUGCGUUAGAUUUUUAUGCUGAUUAAAACAAGAAUUGGCAUGUUGAUUCCAAAAUUGCAGUCAGCUUUUUUUCUCCACAGCUUCUGACAUACAGUGUAUCACAAAAGUGAGUACACCCCUCGCAUUUCUGCAGAUAUUUAAGUAUCUUUUAAUGGGACAACACUGACAAAAUGAAACUUUGACACAAUAAAAAGUAGUCUGUGUGCAUCUUAUAUAAUCGAGUUUAUUUAUUUUCCCCUCAAAAUAAAGCCAUUGAUAUCUAAACCCCUGGCAGCAAAAGUGAGUACACCCCUAUAAAAAAAUGCACAUCCCUAAAUGUCUGAGUACUACUUGUCAUUUUCCCUCCAAAAUGUCACUCGUUACAGGAGUGCUGUCAGCAUUGCUGCAGAGAUUGAAGAGGUGGGGGGGGGGUCAGCCUGUUAGUGCUCAGACCAUACGCUGCACUCUACAUCAAAUUGGUGUGCAUGGCUGUCACCCCAGGAGGAAGCCUCUUCUGAAGACGGUACACAAGAAAGCCCGCAACAGUUUGCGAAGACAUGUCAACAGAGCACAUGGAUUACUGGAACCAUGUCCUAUGGUCUGAUGAGGCCACGGACGCGCGCACCACUCAUAUUUUUCUAUCAUUUCCAUCUUCAUUUCAAUGGUAAGCCUUACCUUUUUUUCACCAUUUGCACUAAAAUUCUUGGAACCCAUGUUGAUUUCUCACAAGAAUAUAUGCCAUGCGUCCUUCUUGCGGGAAAACAAAGAAAAGGCGGCACUGUCAUAAAUCGUCGUAUUUCGAGCAUGUCGUCGGAUGUAGAAACAAAUAGCGAGUCAAAUUUUACGUUGGAUGUCGAAAAGAUCGUGUGUUGAAGCGAACGUAUGUCGGGGUACCACUACUUGAUAAUCUAAUAAUCAGUUAUCAGUAUUAUUAGUGUGAUUACACUUGCUUAUUCUCAUUAGUUAACAGCGAGUCACAUGCCUUCAUACUGACUUCGUGAGACAGUGAAACAUGUCUGGUAUUCUUCACAGAGUUGGACUACAUGCACACACCUUAAACUCCGUACACUAACAGGUAAACAGGUCACGACGGCUCCGGACGUAGAAGCGAGGGAGCACAGGAACCAACCCAACGGGACAAGCAUUUCAUCAUCUGUUACUCAAGAUAGAAUGCUAAAUAACCACGGUUUUGGGGUAUAUACAGUGCCCUCCAUAAUUUUUGGCACCCUUGGUUAAGAGGUGUUUUUUAGCUUCUAAUAAUUUUUUAUUCAAAUAAUAUGGGACCUUAAUGGAAAAAAAGAGAAAAAUCCAACCUUCAAUACAAGUGCAUUUAUUCAGGACAUUUUAAAUCAAAAUCUGUUGCCCUCUGCCCCAAAAGUUGAAGAUGGGUCGUCACUGGGUCUUUCAGCAAGACAAUGACCCAAAACAUAUGGCCAAAUCUACACAGAAAUGGUUCACCAGACACAAAAUCAAGCUCCUCCCAUGGCCAUCUCAGUCCCCAGACCUUGUUUUGUUGGCAACGGGGGGUUGUACAAAGUAUUAACACCAGGCGUGACACACAUUAUUUGAUGUCAAAUAAUUAUUUCUUUAUGUGGGAUUUUUUUCCCCCACUGAAUAAAUGCACUUGUAUUGAAGGUUGGAUUUUUCUCUUUUUUUCCAUUAAGGUCCCAUAUUAUUUGAAUAAAAAAAAUAUAUUAGAAGCUAAAAAACAUCUUAACCAGGGGUGCCAAUAAUUAUGGAGGGCACUGUAGGUCACUGGCAGAGAGUGGCUUCAUUAGGGUAAGGGAACUAUCAGCUAGAAUUCUGUAUCUGUAUUCACAAUAUCUCUAAAAUCAAUAUAGUUGGAGUACAUACUCCAUCAAGUCUGUGAGUCUUUUCUUGAGGCUAUUAUUGCAUCUUUUAGGUACUUUCCAUUCACAGUGAUGAAUGAACCCACACAACAGGUAAAUAAUAUAGUUUUCACUCGACCUCUACUGGCGUCCUGUGGAUGUUAAAAUGCCAAUUUCUAACAAGGACUACAGAAAUCAGAAUACUGUUUUUGCUGUUGCUUUUUUCCUUUUUUUUUUUUUUUUUUUUUUUGUUUAAAGAAAAUUAUAUGAGUUAAACAGAAUAUUAAUCAUUGCUGUUUCAUCCCUUUUGUUUUUAAAAAGAAAAUGAUAGAAAUAUGAACUAUUUUUCUUUAUUUGAAAUAAAAAAUGUGAAUGCAGUAUAUAAAAACAAUGAAAUAAAAGAAUAUUUUCUAUCGAAGGGCUUGUUGCAAUCCUUUUUAGAUAAAAAAAAAACAAAAACAAAAAUAUUUAAAAAAUGAAAAUAACAAACAACAUAAAAGUGAAUGUUUUUGUAUUUUUAAAUAAAAGAUUUAAAUUAAAAAAUUUUUUUUUAAUAUUAUGGAUGAUUAUUAAGAUAAUAUUUGCUAUUAAGAGGCUCAAAUUAGACAUUUAGGGCAAUUUUUAGGUAAACAAUGUCUCAACAGUUAAUCACCUAUCUAAAUAGUCGUCGAAUCAUGUGAUCAUCGCGUUAGCCCAAGCUGACGGACAUAAUAGCCCUUCAUAGGAAACCCUAACUUCGAUGUGGCCUCUUGACAAAGAUGAGUAUGACACCCAGUUUCCUUACAUCUGUAACACGUGUAUCUUGUCAAAGAAAGUGCUCAGGUCUAGCAGCAACAAGGAUGAUUAAAUUAAAAAAAAAAAAUCAAGCUCACUUAAAGAAAAAAAACAUUUAUUAUAAUACUGGGAUCUGUUUUUUCAUGUCUGAAUGAAUAAUGGUUUACAUAUGCACAAAGAGUGAUUAAUUUUUGUACCAACAACUUCACUAUUCGUCUUGUAGUUCAGCAGGUGUUGCAUUGGAUGUUGUUGACCUCACUACAAAGGCCUGAGGAAAAGAGAAGAAAUUUUACUACAUGACACCAAAUCACAUUUCACCUUCUUAACUUUUGUACCUUUGUCCGACUGGAACGCAGGGCCGCCGUGGCCAGCGAUGACAUCACAAUAAAAAUAAUCACACCAACAAAAACAUAGAACAUAAAGACCAUGCCCAACGUCUGCUCGAUUGCCUGAAAAUAGACAUGUCUAUUUUUUUAUAAACUCAUCACCAAUGUGUUAAUCGAGUGUGUACUUACGGCAGCUGUCGUCAUUGAAUGUCUCGAAUCAUCUACAUUGUAAGUCAUGUUUUCCUCUUCAAACACGUCGUAGCUUCUUUCAAAACUCAAGUGCUCCAUGUGUGGAAUGACAAUAAUGGCGGUCCAAAUGGAUCCGAAUAUGGCCACGAUGCUCAGAGCCAAAGAUAUAGUCACCUACAAGUGGAAAAAAGACAGACAAGAUGAUUUCUCUACGUCCAAUUGUGUCUUUAAAAUAUUGCAAAAUAGACUUACAGUUUGUUUGGUUGGGUUAUGUUCCGUUAUGAUAUACAGAAUUCCACAUAUGAUGAACUGCAAGACCAAGAAACCAAAUUUAUAAAUGUAUUAUUUAGCAUGUAAACUAGGUAUGUCCCACGAUCUAAUCACGUGACCGGAAAUAUAUAUACCGUAAUUUUCAGACUAUAAGGCGCAUCUGACUAUGAGCCGUCACCCACCAUAUUUGACACGAAAAUGGCAAUUGUUCAUCGAUAGGACGCACUGGACUAUAAACUGCAGUCAUCCUCACUGUAUUAUGGGAUAUUUACACCAAAAGAUAUCAACUGGUAACACUUCCUUUGACAGCAACAUCAUAAGACUGUCAUAAGACCAAAUGAACCACCAUCAAACCACCAAUUGGCUACAAAGCUUGAUUUCUUCAAUAAGCUUGGGGGAGACAGUCAACCACUGCUGCUGCCUACUGUCAACACUGUUGUCAUCAGGGGCGUUACCGGGGGGGGGCAGGGCACGCUCUGCCCACCAUAAGAAAACUGGAUGUAGUACUAACGGCAGUCUGGGCACCGCGUAUGGUAUCCCUCUCAUGUUCACUUCUUACUUGCAUGUGUUUUUUGGUGUUUUGUUGCCCUCUGCUGGCGCUUGGGUGCAACUGAUUUUAUGGGUUUCUGCGCUCUCUGCUGACGUGAUUAUAUGUCAACGCGAAGUCAGUGCUAUACAGACCAGCUAACGUCUACAUCCAGUAUACAGUGGCAGUCUUCACAGUCUCAUCUCAUCACACUGUUUGUGUCUGAUACAUGCAUCGCUUGUGAGUUACAGUGGGGCAAAUAAGUAUUUAGUCAAACACCAAUUGUGCAAGUUCUCCUACUUGAAAAGAUUAGCGAGGCCUGUAAUUGUCAACAUGCUGAACCAGGAAAAACAGAAUGCGGAAAAAAAAACAGAAAAUCACAUUGUUUUAUUUUUAAAGAAUGUAUUUCCAAAUUUGAGUGGAAAAUAAGUAUUUGGUCAUCUACAAACAAGCAAGAUUUCUGGCUGUCAAAGAGGUCUAACUUCCUCUAACGAGGUCUAACGAGGCUCCACUCAUUACCUGUAUUAAUGGCACCUGUUUUAACUCAUUAUCGGUAUAAAAGGCACCUGUCCACAACCUCAGUCAGUCACACUCCAAACUCCACUAUUAGCAAGACCAAAGAGCUGUCGAAGGACACCAGAGACAAAAUUGUAGACCUGCACCAGGCUGUGAAGACUGAAUCUGAUAUAGGUAAAACGCUUGGUGUAAAGAAAUCAACUGUGGGAGCAAUUAUUAGAAAAUGGAAGACACACAAGACCACUGAUAAUCUCCCUCGAUCCGGGGCUCCAUGCAAGAUCUCACCCCGUGGUGUCAAAACGAUAACAAGAACGGUGACCAAAAAUCCCAGAACCACACGGGGGGACCUAGUGAAUGACCUACAGAGAGCUGGGACCACAGUAACAAAGGCUACUAUCAGGAACACAAUGCGCCGCCAGGGACUCAAAUCCUGCACUGCCAGACGUGUCCCCCUGCUGAAGCCAGUACACGUCCAGGCCCGUCUGCGGUUCGCUAGAGAGCAUUUGGAUGAUCCAGAAGAGGACUGGGAGAAUGUGUUAUGGUCAUAUGAAACCAAAAUACAACUUUUUGGUUGAAACACAGGUUCUCAUGUUUGGAGGAGAAAGAAUACUGAAUUGCAUCCGAAGAACACCAUACCCACUGUGAAGCAUGGGGGUGGAAACAUCAUGCUUUGGGGCUGUUUUUCUGCAAAGGGACCAGGACGACUGAUCUGUGUAAAGGAAAGAAUGAAUGGGGCCAUGUAUCGAGAGAUUUUGAGUGAAAAUCUCCUUCCAUCAGCAAGGGCAUUGAAGAUGAGACGUGGCUGGGUCUUUCAGCAUGACAAUGAUCCCAAACACACAGCCAGGGCAACAAAGGAGUGGCUUCGUAAGAAGCAUUUCAACGUCUUGGAGUGGCCUAGCCAGUCUCCAGAUCUCAACCCCAUAGAAAAUCUGUGGAGGGAGUUGAAAGUCCGUGUUGCUUAACGACAGCCCCAAAACAUCACUGCUCUAGAGGAGAUCUGCAUGGCGGAAUGGGCCAAAAUACCAGCAACAGUGUGUGAAAAACUUGUGAAGAGUUACAGAAAACGUUUAGCCUCCGUUUUUGCCAACAAAGGGUAUAUAACAAAGUAUUGAGAUGAACGUUUGGUAUUCACCAAAUACUUAUUUUCCACCAUGAUUUGCAAAUAAAUUCUUAAAAAAAUCAAACAAUGUGAUUUUCUGUUUUUUUCCCCCAUAUUCUGUCUCUCAUGGUUGAGGUUUACCCAUGUUGACAAUGAUAGGCCUCUCUAAUAUUUUCAAGUGGGAGAACUUGCACAAUUAGUGGUUGAUUAAAUACUUAUUUGCCCCACCGUAUAUUUCUUCUUUGUAUAUAUUUGGCAUUCCAUAGUUAUUAGUGAUGUGUAUUUCAUUUUGUUUACAUAUAUGGCAAAUGUAGUUAUAUUGUUUGUUGCUUGUGAGCUAAUUAGCUAGUGCUCCUACUCAAAAUGACACGCGUGUGUGUGUACUUUGUGUUAUUUUGUGAUUUGUGCAAGUUAUUGACACAAUGUUUUAUUAUUUUCAGUUUUACAAAAAAAAUCAGAAACGUGCUCCUGUCAAGAGAAAUGAUGACUUCCGUUAAGCCCAUUCAACUUUGUCACGUCUGAUUUCUCUUUGGAGCUUCUUAUGUUCGCUAUCUGUAAAUUUGUGUACACACACACAUUGAGGACAGAAUAAUCCCAUUCAUAUAGUACUGAUGUGUUAUAAGUUUUAACAUUUGUGUGUAACGCCUACUAUUUCACCUUAAAAAAAAAAAAAAAAAAAAAUGAAAGGAAAUGCUGGUUUUGUUCCUAGGGGGCGUUACACACAUUUACACAUAUAUAUAUAUAUAUAUAUAUAUAUAUAUAUAUAUAUAUAUAUAUAUAUAUAUAUACAUACAUACA